AAGCAGGGGCGCAUCUCCGCCGCGGGGCGUCCGCGACUUUCACUUUCCCUCGGUGAACUUGGGUGCCGCGUCCCUGGCGCGGAUGGGCAGGCGCUGUCCGGACUGACCGGUCCCGGCUCCGCGCCCCAAGCCAGCGGGACCCCAAGGACUUUAAAGGCUCCAGAGAAGGUAUUGCAGGACGAAUAAUAAUCUAAAGAAGUGGUGUGUAGAAUGGUUUUCGUGUCCAGCAUUUCCACUGAGGCCUCUGUUCUCGCUAUCUUGAAGAAUGAAGAUAUUCAAAUGUUGCUUUAAAUAUACCCUCCAGCAGAAAGUUUUCAUCUUAUUCUUAACCCUAUGGCUAUUCUCCUUGUUAAAGCUUCUAAAUGUGGGAAGACUCCUCUUCCCUCAAAGAGACAUUUACUUGGUUGAAUACUCUCUAAGUACCUCGCCUUUUGUAAGAAAUAGAUACACCCACAUCAAGGAUGAAGUCAGGUAUGAUGUUAACUGUUCAGGGAUUUAUGAACAGGAGCCUUUGGAAAUUGGCAAGAGUCUAGAAAUCCGAAGACAUGACAUCGUUGACUUGGAAGACGAUGAUGUUGUGGCAGUGACAAGUGAUUGUGACAUUUAUCAGACUCUAAGAAGGUACCAUGAAAAGCCUGUUUCAAGAGAGGAGAAGAGCUUCCCUAUAGCCUAUUCAUUGGUUGUCCACAAAGAUGCAGUUAUGGUUGAAAGGCUUAUCCAUGCUAUAUACAACCAGCACAAUAUUUACUGCAUCCAUUAUGACCUUAAGUCACCAGAUACAUUCAAAGUUGCUAUGAACAACUUAGCUAAGUGUUUCUCCAAUAUCUUCAUUGCUUCAAAACUAGAGGCUGUGGAAUAUGCCCACAUUUCCAGACUCCAAGCUGAUUUGAAUUGUUUAUCAGACCUUCUCAAGUCUUCAGUGCACUGGAAGUAUGUCAUCAACCUGUGUGGACAAGACUUUCCCCUGAAGUCAAAUUUCGAAUUAGUAUCCGAACUGAAAAAACUCAAUGGAGCAAAUAUGUUAGAGACAGUGAAACCUCCUAACAGUAAAAUGGAAAGGUUCACUUAUCACCAUGAACUCAGACAAGUGCCUUAUGAGUAUGUGAAGCUACCAGUAAGGACAAACAUCUCCAAGGAGGCACCCCCUCAUAACAUUGAGAUAUUUGUAGGCAGUGCCUAUUUUGUUUUAAGCCAAGCAUUUGUUAAAUAUAUUUUUAAUAAUUCCCUCAUUGAAGACUUUUUUGCCUGGUCUAAAGAUACAUACUCUCCUGAUGAGCACUUCUGGGCUACCUUAAUCCGGAUACCAGGAAUACCUGGGGAGAUUUCCAGAUCAGCCCAAGAUGUGUCAGACCUACAGAGUAAGACCCGCCUAGUCAAAUGGAACUAUUAUGAAGGCUUUUUCUAUCCCAGUUGUACUGGCUCACACCUUCGCAGUGUGUGCAUUUAUGGAGCUGCAGAAUUAAGGUGGCUUAUAAAAGAUGGGCACUGGUUUGCUAACAAAUUUGAUUCUAAGGUGGACCCUAUCUUGAUUAAAUGCCUGGCAGAAAAGCUUGAAGAACAACAGAGAGAGUGGAUCACGCUGUCUUCGGAGAAGUUAUUUAUAGAUAGAAAUCCCACGACCAUAUCAUCAUAGUAGGACCAGGAUAGAGUCAAGAGUGUCUCAUAGAAGGAGUUAAGAGAGAUGGAAUUGUACUCUAUGCCAUGCACAAGACAUCUGAACUUAAUCCUCUCAUAGGCUGAAAGUUAUGAGGGAGUCCAUGCAUCUAGACUUUGAACCUACAGCUGGUUGGAUUUUCAAAUGCUGGUUUUGUUUGUAUCUCAUGGAGCCAAAUCAAAGAUCUUGAACAUUCUAUACCAUCCCAUAUUUAUUGAGCACCUAACUGUAUGUUAAGCAGGAAAAACAUACAGGAAUUAAGUCAAAGUUGUGAUGAAUUGCACAAUGCCCUUGGGAAGCAAUGUUUAACCUCCUAAUGUGGCAACUGUAGCGUUUUUGUGUUCUCCAUUUAACGAUGAGGGUUCUACUAAAGCCUCUGAAGUAUGCAAUGGUCAUACAAGCCACUCAUUUCUGAACAAUGUGUAAAUACAGCAACCAGCACUCCACCUGUUUGUUAGUUCAGCAACCUAGAUGUUUUUGAUCCACCAGAAUAGUAGGAGGAGGGACUCCACUACCUCAGAGAAGCUCAAAGAAUUAUCCGAUAGCCUGCUUGCCAAAGUAUAAUGUACCUUUUGGUGCCUCACUUGUUCAGUUCAGGGUGGGGGAAUGCUGCUGGUGUGACAUUUGUAGUGUGUGAUGUCUGAGAAGGCAGUGGGGGCAGGUGCCCGAAGAACAAAGGGCUUUAUGCAGCUUUUGCAUGUGUUCCACAAUGGUGUCAUGAGUGGCUUCCUUUUUAACAUAACUGUUUCUUUAAAGGACACUCACUGGUGAAAAUAAGAACUGAGCAGUUCACUGUAUCAUAUAUCAGAACCUUAAGUCUGCGCUUUUCAUUUUGUGGGUUAACACACAGUGUUUUUCUUAUUAAGUGCAACACUGCUUAUAGAAUCAAUACAGUUGUGUUUUAUGUUCUAUCAAGUCAGCAAAAUUUCUUGGAACGUUUAUGUGGAACAUGACAGCUUUCUAAAUUAGUUGUUAUGGUCAUUUAAACAUUUUUUUUGUUUCCAGCAAGUAUCAAAAUGGAACAAAAUGAGGCCCACAUUGAAAAUGAUAAAAGCUCCGAGUUAGUACGGUAUUUUUACAACUUAGCUCAAAAGAGAAAAAGCUAAGGACAUAGCUAAAAUGUUUAUUGCCCUUAAUUUACAGAGAGCCACAUCCAAGAGAAUCCAGGGGUGGGGGAGCGAGCGAGCGAGCACAAGAACACUGUGCUGAGGCAGAGCUCUGGGAACAAGCUGUAACAUUUUCACUAGUCUCUGGGGAAAUGGUGGACUGCAUGUAAAAGUUCCUUGUGGUCUGAUGCAGCCUUAGUAAUCAAGGGCUAAAUAAGACCAUUUGAAAGAUUAAAGUAUUUAAAUAUUUUUAAAAUUUUCCUUGUUCUACAUGUGAAGUGUGCUUUGCUUAUUUAAGCUUAUAACACUAACUGCCAAGUGGCACCAUUUGUCUCUCCAUUUCUUUUCAUCUUUAACUCACUUUCUACCAGUUUUGAUCCCCUUUGAAUUCCUUCAUUCUUCAGAACACAACUAUCACCAAACCUCUAUCCUUAAAAGUUUUAAAGGGGUUGGAGAAAUGGCUCCGCAGUUAAGAGCACUUGUAGAGAACCUGAGUUCAGUUCCCAGCACCCAAGGCAGGUGGCCUUCUGGCCUCUUCAGCACCUAUACAUAC